AUGGCCGAAACACAGCCGACAGCAGCGGACCUGGAGGAGGCUGCGGAUCCAUCCCUCCUCCUGCGCUUAGGAAAGUUUGAGGGCCCUCUACCCGAGUUGUUCGUGCUGGAGGCUCAGUCACCACAGGCUGCCUGCCAGGAGGCGGCCAAGGGAAGGAAGGAAGCGCCCAGCCCUCCGGCAAGGCCGGUCCUCGAGGACGACCUGACCUUAGACGACUACGGCUCCGACGACGAGGCGCGCGAAUGGCAGGCCGUAGCCUCGCAGUUUACGCCGCUGCCACCGAACUCCGCGGUGAGCCGGCGACGGAUGGAGGCCAGAGCGCAGCAAUGCGUCGUGUGUUUCAUGGAGAAGGCCCACACCUUGGUGCCCCCGCACGCGAACCCCGCGCCCCAGACCUCAAGCCAUCGAUUUUGCACCGACUGCUGGGCAGAGUAUUUGCUGCACUGCCUGAAGAUGGGCUUGGCACCAGGUUGUCCGGUCUGUCGUGGUCCCAUUGACGUCCCGGAUGCUUGGUACGUGGCCUUGGACCUUCCUGACCACUGGUGUCGUCAGGGUCUCGUUGAAGGCCAUGGCAAGGCGGAGUCUUCUGCGGGUGGCCUCUCCUGGUGCAGGUCGAGCCCGAGCUCUCCGCCGGUCUUCUGGGCCGACUCCACAGGGGCAAGUCGUGGACGAUGCCGACAAACAGAAGGCGCUUCGGAGGACUUGGGCGACCUCUUCGGGGGUCCUUGGCAAGCCACACUGCGGUACAAGCAGCAAGGAUUCGUAGAAGGUCAGCUUAGCUACAGGAAGGGCGGCAGCAUGGGGCGCAUGUAUGGCAGGGGCAAGGGAAUUGCCUCCUCGGCAAUCCCUUACAAGCGCACGCCGCCGACGUGGUUGAAGAUGAAGCCAGAGGACGUGUGCGACCACAUUUGCAAGCUCGCCAAGAAGGGCCUGACCCCGUCUCAGAUCGGCGUGACCCUGCGAGAUAGCUUCGGCGUUCCCCAGGUAAAGAAUGUCACAGGCAACCACAUCCUGCGCAUCUUGAAGACCAAUGGCCUGGCGCCGACACUGCCGGAGGAUCUGUACUACCUCAUCAAGAAGGCUGUGUCCAUCCGCAAGCACUUGGACAAGAACCGCAAGGACAAGGACGCCAAGUUCCGGCUGAUUUUGGUGGAGAGCCGAAUCCAUCGUCUCGCCAGAUACUACAAGCGCGUGAAGUCCUUGCCAGCCACCUGGAAGUAUGUCUCCGCCACGGCGUCGGCACUGGUGGCCUAA